CGAUAGCUCCCGAGGAGCCACCCAUUUCUUCGGCGGCGACCGGCUCCUGGGCCCGGCGCGGGAGGCUCCCUUUUGCCAGUCCGUGAUGGGCGAGUGGGGCGCGAUGUUCCCGCGCUCGCAGGGCAGCUUUCAAGAUUCUUGAGGAAAUUUAGCCCAGCCAUCCAGGAUGCCUCAGGCAUUGGGGUCUGCCUUCAUGAAUCCUAGCACCUUCUGUCCAGGAACUGCCAACCUCCAUUUCACCUAUGUUCUUCCAGACCCUUCAACCAGGAUUCAUGUUGGGGGCCAGCCACAGGAUGGAGGUUGAUUCUCAGUUGCUUCCCUGGGCCCUCAGGAGAGGCUGCAAUGGAGCCGAGCCCCCGUGUAGAGGACAGAGCUGGGAGACACCUCCUCUUAGGAGGGAGACCUGUGUGGAGAGGUGGCAGGCAGCAGGACAGCUCCCCAGAGCACAGAGUCCUAGGGCUGUGGCCUUGGCAUGAGCCCCAGCUCAGGAACUUUUCAGAUCAAAGGAGCUGGACCCCUUGUGUGGGAGCCCUACUUUCUCUCCAGUGUCCUGUAUGACCCAGGAACUCACUCCUGAAGCCACAUGUAUGUGGCCAGUGUGGCAAGGUGUUUUCUCUGUUUCUGGCCCCAGCAUUAACCCUGCAGGGUACACUUAGGCAACAGUCUUGUGUAAAAGUUGGGAAGGCAGGCAGACCUUCCACAGACCCUGCAGCUGGUCUGCCUCGACAAACCCUCCACACCUAUGCCUGCUGGGUAGCAAGGCCUUUUAUUGGCACUUCAACCUCCAUGAGUGCCAAGAGCUCCAUGCCUGCCCUGACAGCAAUGAGGCUUUUAUUUGGUGAGCAAGGACCCUUUCUGUGCACCAAGAAUGGGAAGUCUUUCAGCAAGAGCUCGAAGUUCCUACAGCAGCAGUGCACCCACAGGCACAAGAAGUCCUAUGUGUAUCCUUAUUGAGGCAAGUGGGGCCUUCAGCCAGUGGCAAAACCUGCACGCCCACACGGAGCCAGCGGUUGCACUCCUUUCUCUGCAGCAACUGAGGGAAGGCCUUCGUGUGCAACUUGCUCUUGAGCCACCAGGGGACGCACACGGGCAAGCGGCCUUCCAAGUGCCCUUCAGCCACCUCCCUAACCUCGGUGAGCAUGGUCAAUUCUCAGAUUCUCGAUCCUACAACGAGGACUCCGUGUUGGGGGCCGGCCCCAUGAUGGAGGCUCCAGCCCAGAGCGCUGGGCAGGGAGGAAUCCCCAAGGCUGAUCUCCAGGCAGCCUCCCUGGGCCGGGAGAAGCUCCAGAAGGAGCCGAGGCCCGUCGCAGAGAACUGAGCUGGGAGGCACCCCACUCAGGAGGGGAGCCUUUGUUGAGCCGCAGCGGGCGGCAGGACGACUGCCCCAGGUGGGGGCUCCUGUGACUACAGCCUCUGUGUGAAUCCCGGCCUGGGCACCCAUCACAGCACAGGAGCCGGACCCCUUGUCCAGGAGCCCUUUGGCCCUGCCUCCUCCCAGGACCCAGACCUGGCCAUCCCCGAGGGGCUGCAUGCUGGGGAGGGCCCCUGUCUGAGUCCAGCAGGUGCCAGGGCCUCCAGCCAGAACUGCCUGGCGUGGCAUCACAGAGCACCCCCUAGGGAGAAGCCCCCUGUGUUUGACCACUGCAGUAGACAGUUGUUGCACCGUAGCUGCCCCUGGGCUCAGCUGCAGGAGGUCCGCAAAGUCUGGCACCCAUACGAACAGGGGGAGGAUGGCCAGACCUGUCCGAGGACACUGCAACCCUCCCUCAAACGAAGCCCCUCCGUGGAGUGGCCCCGGGCCUGCAGGUGCAGUGAGGCCUUUGUCUGGAGGGCCCUGCUGGCCCCGCAGGAGCGGAUGCAGGUGGCAGAGGAGGCCCAUCAGUGUGUCCACUGUGGGCAAUGCUUCGGCCCCGACCAGCGGCAGCAAACGGGCCUCUCAAUGUGUCCUGAGUGCGGCCCUAGCCCUGGUGCCACUGACCGCCCAGCACAGCGGCUGUACACGUGUGACGAAUGCGGCAAGGCCUUCACGCGCACUUCCAGCCUGCUGCAGCACGAGCGCAUCCACACGGGCGAACGGCCCUACGAGUGUGCCAAGUGUGGCAAGGCCUUUGUGCGCUGCUCGAGCCUCCACCAUCACCAGAAGACACACUCAGUUGAGCGCCACCGCCGCAGCCCAGCCCUGGCCCUGGCGCGGCGCUCCUUUCCGCUAGGGUGCCCGCCCUGUGAUGACUGUGUUCAGGAAGGUCCGAGACAGGUGCUCGUCGCCGGGGAGAAGCCAUAUGAGUGCGCCGAGUGCGCCAAGGCCUUCGGCCUGUUCUCGCACCUCGUGGAGCACCGGCGCGUGCACACGGGUGAGAAGCCCUAUGAGUGCCCGGAGUGCGGCAAGGCCUUCAACCAGCGCUCGAACCUGAGCCGGCACCAGCGCACGCACAGCAGCGCCAAGCCCUACGCUUGCCCGCUGUGCGAGAAGGUCUUCAAGGCCCGCUCGGGCCUGGUGCAGCACCAGCGCGCGCACACUGGUGAGAGGCCCUACAGCUUCCCCGAGUGCGGCAAGACCUUCCGCGGCUGCUUGGAGCUGCGCCAGCACGAGCGCCUGCACUCGGGCGAGAAGCCCUACAUCUGCCACCACUGCAGCAAGGCCUUUGUGCGCAACUGCAGCCUCGUGGGCUACCUGCGCACGCAAACCGACGAACAGCCCUACACCUGCGACGAGUAUGGCUGUGCGGUCAGCCAGCGCUCCAACCUCAGCGAACACCAGAAGCGCCACGCUGGCCGUGCAGCGCUCUGACCACCGCCGGCGACUGGUGCGCCCGCCCCAAGAGGCUGAAAAGCCGCGGCGUCCGCAGAGCAUGCUCCUCCCGGUGGGUGGGGGCCGUUGUCCCAGAAACCUCACAAACGUUUGUAACCCUUAUUAAACCUCACUUUGUACAUA